AUGCUUUCACCCAGUAAAAGAAUUUUACUACAGAAAAGCGGUGAGCCACUGGAUGGAUGUUUAACUUUCGAAGAAUUUGCGGACGUACUGAAGUCGAUGGCCGAGGCUAACUUAACUGAAAUGGAAUCUGCUGCUGCAACACCGACUGAGCCGGUUACCUAUUUGAACUACGAAGUACACGAAUCAUUGGGCUUUGACUGCGCUGUGAUCGUUCGUACAGAAACGACAAAAUUUGAAAGCCUUCUAAUUCGUAUGAUCGAGCAGGGACCGGGGUAUUUUAAUCUUGAAGGAUAUGAAUUAUACGAGCUUUUUACAGAGGUGAGCGAAAUUUUUCGUGUGGAGAAGUCCCUACUCGAAAUUCCAGCUGAUGUUGUUGUUGUUGGGGAAAUUCGUGGUAGGUAUUCGGACUUAUUGCGAUGGUUUCAGUUAUACGGUUAUCCGCCAAGGCGCCGUUAUUUGUUUCUUGGUGGUAUCAUUGAUCAAGAGUGUGCCGAAUCCAUUGAAACAAUCGCUUUUCUAGCAGCUUUCAAAAUAACAGCGCCGCAUCACAUCUAUAUAAUUCGUGGUGCUACAGAAUUUUUUCCAUUCCAUGUUCGAAAUCGUUUUCCCCGCAAGCUCUGUACUAUUUUAUCAUCGUUCAUCAUGCGGAUAUGUUCAGAACUGCCGACUGCGGCUACCAUUGGCAAUAAAAUUUUGGCU